UUUUUCAUAGACUUAGUCAAUGGAAUUGUAUGAUUAGCAUUUUUGGUCUAUGGAGGUCAACCCGGGUUUAUCUGGCGUUUAUUUGUAUUACCUCACCUUGAAUGAAUCAAAAAACAACCGAACCUAUCUUUAUCGCUCCUUCACACUUCGGGGUUGGAGCAAUUGAAGGAUUUAAGAAUGAAAGAGAUUUCGUGCGAGCUGCCAAAAAAACAAAAAGAAGAAAAUUAGAAACUAUGAUUUAUGCUGAUUUUGAAUGAGCUAAAAAAUGGUUUCGUGGAUUUUUUCGGGCGGGCUUGAGGAAGAUCGGAUGGUUUUUUGGUCGAAGCAUCUUCAGCCUCCAACCGCCAUGCGAACUCCAUCCCUCUAAACUGCUAUAGUUUGAUUAGAGGUUAAUUAUUACCAGAAAAGGUCAGUUCUUGAUUAUAAUAACCAAGAGUGCAAGAGACCAGGUCCAGGCGGUGUGUUAUUCAAACUUCAAUUGAAACCAUUCUAAUAGUGAUUUGAGAGCUGAAGCUGUACGUGUCAAAUCGUGAAUGCGUCUUAAGUAAACUCUUGCAAUUCAUACCAACCAUAUGUUUGUUUUCUUGAUUCUUUAAAAACUGAAGUGGCUUUUACGCAUAAACUAAUCGAUAUGGUGUAAGCCACCCGUACGUGUUUGUGUUUCAAAAAAUUGUGAUACAUAAUCAUAUUUAGCUUUCUUUAUCAUAAACAAGAUUGCGAGAUUUUAAACUUUUUCUUGAAUUCCACACUAAUUAUAUAAAAUUAAACAGUUUUUUUGCAUUUUAAAAACUAUCGCUGCUACACGUUUUUCAUUCAGUGCUGUUUAUGUAAUGCUUAUGCGCUGAACAAGAAACGCGGUGUGCUCGAUACAACAUAGGCUCCAAACGUUUUAAAACGUCAUUGUAUGUUUAAUAUUGUUUAAACACGUUGGUGUAAAAACGCUCAUCGACACGCAUAUUUGAUGCUAUACAAGCGUUUACGUUUUAUUUAUUGUCUUAUACAAAAAAAUUACAAUUAUAUUGAAUAUUUCGCCUUAUUUUAAACAACUUUUCAUUUUGAAAUAAUGAUCAAAUCAGUUAUCAACGACCAUCUAGAACGAUCAAGGAUUUCUGUUUUGUGCUCGACCGGCAAAAUCCGAGAACACUUUUUUGACGACAUCAAACAACGAACAAACUACGAGUUAUUCCAACGAGGAUUACGUUAUAAUAGAAAUGGCCGCUGUCUCGGAACUCGAGAGGAAAACUCUUACGUGUGGAAAACGUACAGCGAAGUAGACAAACUGGCCAGUACUUUUGGAACUCAUUUGGUGAAAUUUGGUCUGGAGCCACACAAGAAUGAAGAAAGUCUGGUGGGAAUCUAUUCCAAAAACAGGUGGGAGUUCGACGUGACUCAGCUGGCGUGUGCGUAUUACUCGUUGGUUCCAGUGCCAAUCUACGACACACUCGGGAAGGAAGGAUGUUCGUUCAUCGUAUCUCAGGGGAACAUGAGAGUAAUAUGUGUGGAUGGACUGAAAUCUGCCGCCGAGUACCUGUCAAUCAUCGAGGGAUCCCAAGUGGAGUGUCUCAUCUAUUACAGCGACCCCUCCGCCGAAGACACAGAGCUACUCUUCCAAGCAGGCAUCCAAGUGAUGUUGUUCCAGGAGUUGUGUUCUGUCGAGGCCACAGCAGAUGACGGCAGUCCGAUCCAAGUGGACCCUGCUUAUGAAGAGGAUCUGGCCACUAUUUUGUACACAAGCGGAACAACUGGAAUGCCAAAAGGGGUGAUGUUGACGCACAAGGCGUUCGGAGUGGUGGUGGGCAGUGCUGACCUCUACCUGAUCAAGGCCAACAUCAGGUUGGACUCCUCUGACCUCUACCUGUCCUACUUGCCCUCCGCCCACUCAUUCAACUCUGUCUGCACCUACGCCGUCUUCUACACUGGUUCUGGAAUCGGCUACUACAGUGGGAGUGUGUUGAAGUUGAUGGAGGACAUCCAGAUUCUGAAGCCCACCUUCUUCCCAAUUGUGCCCAGACUGCUUAACAGACUCUACGACCAAAUCAACCAGGGUGUGAAGGGGGCGUUCUGUCUGAAGCGGAAGUUGUUUGAGAGGGCGAUGGAGGGGAAGCUGGAGCAGAUGAGUCAGGGGGUGCCUGUCAGCAAGGACUCCCUCCUCUCCCGCAUCGCAUUCAAAAAGGCCAGAGAAGUACUCGGAGGGCAAGUGCGUGUGAUGUUGAUCGGCAGUGCUCCCAUAUCCGACAAGGUGCUCAACUUCGGCCGCGUGGUGAUGGGCUGCGAGAUCUUGGAGUGCUACGGGCAGACGGAAACAUGCGCAGCUGCUUUCGGUACACUUCCCUUCCAGUAUGAGGCGGGUAGAGUGGGGGGACCUCUGCCUUGUUGCGAGUGCAAACUGGUGGACAUUCCCGAGAUGGACUACUUCGCCUCCAGAGACCAGGGGGAGAUCUGCUUCCGAGGACCCAACAUGUUUAGAGGCUACUUCAAGGACCCCGAGAAGACUAGAGAGGCCAUAGACGACAAGGGAUGGGUCCACUCAGGUGACGUUGGCCAGUGGCUCUCGGAUGGAAGUCUCAAAAUCAUAGACAGGAAGAAACACAUCUUCAAACUAUCUCAGGGCGAGUACAUAGCACCCGAGAAGCUGGAGUCCGCCUACGUGCAGAUUCCUCUCAUAGCCCAAAUGUUUCUGCACGGAGACAGCCUGGAGUCAUGUACUGUAGCCAUAGUAGUGCCGGACGAGGAGGUGCUUCGCUCCUACUGCGAGAAGAAAAAGAUCGGAAGUUCCGGAGACACUUUCGAACAACUGUGCCGCCUAGCCGAAAUCAAAGCCUCAAUUAUGGACAAGAUAAAAGAAAAAGCUAAGGAAAACCAGUUCAAUUCUCUCGAAGUGCCAAAAAUGAUCUUUCUGUCUCAUGAUCUGUUCACGGUUGAAAAUGAUUUGCUCACGCCCACGAUGAAAAGCAAACGGCCUGCGCUGAAGAAAUUUUUUGAAAACGAAAUCAACGAAAUGUACCUAAAAAUAAACCAAUGAAAAACGAAACUGAUUGCUUUAAAAAUAUCUUUUACAGUUCCGUGUACCUAUUUUUGUAACAAUAUUUUGUACAAACGUAUUUAUUCCAGAUUUUGCUUAAAUUUUGGAGCAAUGAUAGGUCAUUUUUUGAAGAAUUGAAUGUAUGAAACUAGUAAA